AUGACACCAAUACGUUCCAACGCUUUUAAAUCCCAUUAUUGUUACAAAUAUAACGCUCUCUCUCUCUCUCUCUCUCUCUCUCUCUCUCUCUCUCUAUCUAUCUAUCUAUCUAUCUAUCUAUCUGCCAAUCCUUCAAAACAUCCAGGGAAAUUGACUGAUUACCUCCAGAAACUAUAUGGCAAUAUCGUUGAAGAAAGUUUCCCAGGAGGAGUAAAGGUUGUCCAUCUCUUUGAAGCAGAUGACUUUGAAAGUGUUUAUCGAAAUGAUGGGCAGUAUCCUGUACGUGGGAUCUUUCCUUUGGUUUGCAGAUUUAAUGCGAAAUACAAUAACAAUUUACAUGGCCUAUCAACAUCUGAAGGCAAAUACUGGAAACACACACGAAGUGCUGUUCAGCAAAAACUAUUUCAAAGAAAAUAUAUUGAAGGUUGGUUUUCAAAACACAAAGAAGUUACAGAUGAACUGUUGGAACUGCUUGAGAAAAAUAAAAAUAAUGAAGGGAUAGUAUGUGAUAUGAAUACCAUUUUGGAAAGAUAUACCCUUGAAGUUAUAACUUCGGCUUGCUUUAAAGAGAGAUUGGAUGCAAAGUGGACAAAUUUAAGUGACAAUCAGAUCGGAACUCAUUAUCUCAGCACUUUAAAACUCGUCAAUCAACUUCUCAUUGAGAGUUUAUUUUCCUUUCCAUUGUAUAAAUUUAUUGAUACACCUUUCUUCAAACAUUAUUCCAAGAUUAACUUUCAACUUGAUAAGUAUAUAAUAACCAAAAUGGAAAAAGAAAUCGCCGACUACAGCAGCAAAAACAACAAAGCCUUGCAUUUGCCUGAAAAUCACAACGAAAGCUUGAUUUUUCAACUGCUUACAGAUAAUAAACUCCAUAAACAAGAGAUUUUGACAAUUGUUAAAGACAUAAUCUCUUCUUCAGUAUUUACACUCCGAAGUUUACUUGCUUUUCUGCUGUACGCUUUAACCCAGAACACGGACAUUCAAAAUACGAUUAGAAAAGAGAUUCAUGAUGUUUUGAAAAAAAACAAUGGACAACAAUUAUCACUGAACACAUUUGACAACAUGCCUUAUCUGAAAGCAUUUGUAAAAGAAACUUUAAGGUGUUAUCCUGUAACACCAGGCAACGUACGACAGUUGGACAAAGAUCUACACUUAAAAGAAUAUGUACUAACCAAAGGCACUUAUGUUAAAAUGCAUCAUAUAUAUCCAGCAAUGAGUAAAGACAACUUUGAAAAUCCCACUGAAUUCUGCCCUGGAAGAUGGUUGAGGACUAAAAAUAAAAUGAAUUCUGCUCACCCAUUUGCUGUUACCCAAUUUGGUUUUGGGCCACGAAGUUGCCUUGGUAAACGGAUGGCUUUAACUGAAGCCUACUUAUUUGUAAUGAAAAUCCUGAUCAACUAUUCAAUUGAAUAUCCGGAUAAUUCAUUUAAAAUAAGAUCCCAGUUGCAAUACCCCAGUGAAAAUACAAAAAUACUGAUUAAUGCAAACCAAGCAAGGAUACAAAUUGAAUGUUUUGAACAAAUUAACCACCUACUUACUGACACUGGAAUGAUGAUUGGAACAUGUUGGCACCUACAAACAUUAAAAACAAAAGCCUAG